AUGGCGGACGGCGGCCAGUCCACGCCACAGCAGCUGCAGCUGCAGCAACAAGCUGCUCAGCAGACCCAGAAGGUGUCGGAUAUCAUCCGUAGCUAUCGGCCUGCGAAGGUGUUCAAGCCGACAAAGCAAGAGAGUUUCAUAACCUCACUUGAUUUCGAUGACCAGGGCGAAUUUGUUGUCACUGCUGGCGAUGAUGACAUUAUUCAAAUUUUUGAUGUCAAGGGUGGUACAAUGACGAAGUCGGUUCCCAGCAAGAAAUACGGUGCGCACUUGGCUAGGUUUACCCAUCAUUCCCGCCAGGUCCUCCACGCAAGUACAAAAGUUGAUGAUUCCUUGCGAUUGCUCGACUUGCACAGUGAAGGGUAUAUACGCUACUUCUCGGGACAUACGGAUAAAGUGACGUGCUUGGCUCUUUCCCCAGGAAGCGAUUCAGUCAUUUCAUGUUCCAAAGAUGACACAGUUGCGAUCUGGGAUCUGAGCUCCAGGCAUGCACAAGGAAAACUGAAGCUUUCGACGCCAUAUCUCGUUGCUUUCGACCCCUCCGCAUCCGUGAUCGCGAUCGCGUCCCAGUCUACCUCAUCUGUUCUUCUCUAUGACUUCCGAAACUACGACAAAUCCCCAUUCUCAACAUUCGAUCUUGCCCAGUAUGAAGAAAGAUAUACCCCGUCGACUCGUGGACGAGCUUGGACUCGACUUGAAUUCUCGAAUGAUGGAAAAUACUUGCUUGUUGGUACAGACUAUCAUGGCCACUUCAUUCUCGACGCCUUCGAAGGCAAUCUCAAGGCCUUUUUGGUUGGCAAGAAUGGCUCACCAGGUAGAGCCGCUCCUGUUUCAACCACGGGAAAGCCCCUCGGACAGGGAGACGCAUGCUUCACGCCAGAAGGUCGGUACGUCAUUGGAGGAUCUGGAGAUCACCAGGAUAUGUUGGUGUGGGAUCUGCAGCAGACCCCGGACGCAAAUCUUGUUUUGCAGCCGAUGACCAAAUUACCGCAUCGCAGCCGGACUGCUGUCGUGGAGUACAAUCCGAGAUUCAACAUGAUGGCUUCUGCGGACAAGGACAUUUUCUUCUGGCUUCCUGAAGACACUUCAAAGGCAGUCUAA